AGGUGUUACGAUAACACCAUUGGUUCUGUUGGUCACCACCCGUUCAGCCGUCCCAGCCCCCUGCUCCGAAACGUCAUGGUUUCACGCACGCGCACUCAGACCCGCGGAAUUACGAACGUUGGCGCUUUGGUUGUAGAAGUAGCGGCGAUGGAAAAAGGCCCGUCGUGACGCUGCUUCGGUGUUGUGCGAAUUGAAGGACGCGGGGGCUGAUGUUCUUAUAUUUCCUGAAUAUUUUGGACAAUGGGAGUAACUAGCCUGUGGCAGAUCCUAGAACCUGUAAAACAACAUGUCCCCCUAAACAGUCUUAAAGGAAAGACGCUCGCGGUUGAUUUAAGUCUCUGGGUGUGUGAAGCACAGACAGUUAAAAAGAUGAUUGGAAUAGUCACAAAACCUCAUCUUCGGAAUCUUUAUUUUCGAGUCUCUUCUUUAACGCUUAUGGGGAUCCAUCUGGUGUUUGUCAUGGAGGGAGAUCCCCCAGAGCUGAAAGCUAACACAAUGCGGAAGAGGACAGAGGUUCGCUUCGGGCCAUCCAGGAAGCCUGGAACUGCAAGGAAAGGGAGAUCUCAUUUUCAGUCUCUACUGAAAGAGUGCCUUGAAAUGUUGGAGUGCUUAGGAGUCCCUUGGGUUCAAGCAGCUGGUGAAGCAGAGGCCAUGUGUGCUUAUCUGAACUCGAAUGGUUAUGUAGAUGGCUGCAUCACCAAUGAUGGUGAUGCCUUCCUUUAUGGUGCUCAAACAGUUUACCGGAAUUUUACCUUGAACGCAAAGGACCCACAUGUUGACUGCUAUUCGAUAUUGGCUAUUGAGGAGAAGCUAGGCUGCAACAGAGAGUAUCUGAUUGGAUUAGCAAUUCUGCUUGGUUGUGAUUAUCUUCCUAAGGGAGUUCCUGGAGUUGGAAAAGAACAGGCUUUAAAGCUGAUUAGGGCUUUGAGAGGACAGAGUUUACUGCAAAGAUUUGAGCUCUGGAAAAACCACUUCCAAUAUGGCGCUAUCCCAGGCCUAGCCAUUAAAAAGGUGGUUCACUGUGCUGUGUGCCAUCAUCCAGGAACUUAUAAAGAUCAUGAGCGCAUUGGAUGUCAUCUCUGUGGCAGUGUGGGGUACUGUGAACCCCAUGAUACUGAACACUGCUGCCCUUGUCGCUGGCACUCCUCUGAGCAAGAUCGGCAGGCCAGCACAGUGGAGGAGGGCAUUAGAAAGAAAGCUAAAGCAUGUGAAGGCUUCCCGUUUCCUGAGGUUAUCCAAGAGUAUCUUAUCAGCAAAGAUCGACCGUUGAAGUUAAAUGGGUGCCAAAGGCCAAAUUUAUUGUCCUUUCAGAAAUUUGCUUUUGAGAAAAUGGACUGGACCAAACAUUAUGCUUGUGAGAAACUAUGUGUCCUCCUGACACACUAUGACAUGAACAGAAGGAAGUCUGGCUAUACCGACCCACAGCAGCUGCAGGCACUACGGAUAGUCAAGACGCGGACUAAAAAUGGAAUCCUUUGCUUUGAAAUAGAGUGGCAAAAACCAGAUCAUUACACUACAGCAGAUGAUCAGCCUUCAGAACCCUUUUUAAGAACAAUGGAAGAGUCAUCGUUAUUUCAGGCUGCAUAUCCAGAAGUGGUUGCCCUGUAUCAAAUGGAGAAGUUGGAAAUUUGCAAGGGAAAAAAAGGUAAGAAGAAUAAAUAUAAAGAGAGAGAAUGCUUAGCUGGGGACAGCGAAGUUGCAGGUCUUCUUUCUCGGUUGAACCUACAAUCUGAUGGGGCAGCCUUUCCCAACAAAGACUCUGAGCCUGAGUUUAAAACCGUUUCUGAUUUUCAAACAGUUCCAGAAAAAGGCUCUACAUUUCAGGGUCUCUCUGUAAAUGCAAAUUUUUCGACUGCAGUCAUGCUGAGUCAAAAGCCGCCAUCAUCCUCACUCAUGACUACUUCACGAAAGACAGAGUAUAAUUGCAAUCCCGGUCAUUCUCCGAGCUCACAAGUAGAAUUAACUAAACAACUUGCAAACUCUUAUGCAUCUUCUGCAAUUGCUGAUCUGCACUUGAGUGGCAUUGACUGGGAAGGAACAUCUUUCAACUCAUCUCCAAUGCAUGCUAAUGUUACUUGUUAUUCAGAAUCUGAGUCAGACGCAUGUAGUAAUUCUGCAAAUCAACACUCUCUACUGCGCUGUAAAACAGCAAUCCUUUUCCCGUGUUUGAAUUCUGUGCAGUAUGAUCCAGAUCCACUGAGCAGUGAGGACUGCUCUGUUUCAGAGAGUGACUUUCAUCAAGGUCAAAAUUAUUUAUCUUUAAAAGAACACGUAAUUCUAAAGCCUUCUUCUUUGAACAAAGCUUCAAAUAUGGUUCUUUUAAAUGCUUUGCAAAUGGUAGAACAAAUCAAGGGAACUUCUAGCCCCAAGGGAAAAUUUCCAUCUCCUUCAGCUCAGCUAAAUGGCAGCGCUCAGCAAGUUGCAAAUGUGUUAUCAGAAAAAUAUCCAUGGGAACCCAGCUUGCCAAACCAUAAAGAAGUGCUGAAAAGCUCUGAAAACCCAGUCCAGGCAUCAGAUAACCUCACUAGUUCAGGCACUUCAGUAUCAGUGGGCCUGUGCACUGGAACACAAGAACCAAUUUGCUUGGAAAAUAAGCCACUGAUGUUGUCUGUCCAGUCAAAAAUGGUCCUAGAUAGCUGUUGGAUGCGAAAAAAUCCCUUGCCAGCCACUCAGGAAAGCUCACUGAAGAAGAGUGUGUGCCAAAAUAGUUAUUCUAGUGAAGACAGUGAUGGUGAGAGUAUGGAAGAUAGGAGGAAGGGUCACAGAGGUUCCAAGUGGCAAAGGAAGUGUAACCUGGUCCAUCUGAAGGACAACUGGAGGGACAAAAGGAGCAGCAACAAAUCAGCGACUGAAAUUCAUCUGGAAGUACCUACUCUUAAAGCACCAGGCAUUGGUUUCCCAGCAGAAGAGCCUCCUAUUGUGCACAUUCACAAUUCUCCAAGACCCACAGAAUAUGAACUUAGUGGAUCCUAUGCUCAUCUUCAGGCAAAGGGAAGUGAUUCUGACACAUGGGCCGAUAGUCCCCUGCCUCUGUCCGAAAGGCUAAAACUAAGACUGCAGAAAUAGUGCAUUUAUUUCAUUAUGCUGGGCAUUUCUUAAACGACAUUCUCCUUUUCCAUCACUUUAGUAGGCUGUAUAAGUAAAAGCUCAUGUGAUCGUUUUAAGUAAAGAAACGCGGCCUUAAUUGGCAAGGAUGUAGUAGAUCCUGAAUGGGCAAGGACUAAAUCCUGUCACAAAAUGAAAUUAACUAGAUUCUUCAGGCAGCCUGAAUCGCAGGGGCAAGGAACUUUUUCGGCUCCACAGGCCAGAUCCUUAUUGGGAUCUGCCUUGAGGGCCGAAUUUGGCAGGUGGGCAGGACUGGGGAGUGGGGGAAAGACUUGCAAAAGCCUCUUCCAAGUUGGAGACUUAAAAGGAAGAAGUAGGGAGACUUGAAAGAGGCUUUUACAAGUCUCUUCCCCUUUUAGUCCUCGAUCUCAGGGGACUUAAAAGGAAAGCACAAGGAGAAUUGGAAAAAGUUUUAAGAUAGCCCCUCUGCUUCCAUAUGAGCAAAGGGAAGGGCAGGAGCUGUCUUAGAGCCUUUGCAAAAGCCUCUUUGAAGUAGCUCUCUUUUGCAUAGGACUUUAAUCUCUACUCAGUUUAUGAGCAGGGAUUAAAUCCUGCUGCCUUGGCUGGGUGAUCUUGUUCCAUACUAGGAACCGAUCACACAGCAAAUGCAAGAUUAAACCCUGUCCUCCUGCCCAUCUGUUGAUGUCGCUAGUGGUGCCAGCUGAUGGGUGGGUGAAUGUGGCAUGGGGAAAAUGUCCUCAGGUCAAAUGAGACCCCCUGAUUGUGCUGAUGGUGUGUUCCUAAGAAUGUCCUUUUCAAUGAGAAGUACAUAUAUCCACUGCAAUGAUGCCACAAUGGCAUGAGGUCAGGCAUUAAUGAAAGUAACUUGUGGGCAAGUUGCUAAUAUGUAUCUAGGUGGCAAUGCUAUUGAUAUCUAAUACUUUCACACUUAUAAGUAGUACUACCUGAUUGGGUUGGGUUUUUUUAGAGCUUUUCAUGGACCAAAUUGCAGAACACUUUAGGGGUCUGGGAUCGUAGAGUGGGUCUACAUACGCAGCAAGUGGUUUAAUGCUAUGGUGGUAGGAUGGUGGGAGAUACCACUCUUGAAUAUUGCCCCAUGUAAGAAACUUCCUGCAAAUAGAAAACCUACACAUCAAGGAGAAAGAUUCCAGCCUAGCCCUUUGCCUGCUAUGUUGGUUUUCUAUUUGCAGGAAUUUCUUGCAUAAAAUGUAAUCCUCCACUUGCGUUCUGAAGUGGUACUGCCCAUUUUACCACCAUGUUCUUCUGCAUGUGUAGACCAGAUGUGGUUUUAUUCAUUGACAAUGAAGAUCCCAGUUGCUGUAAAGAUGCAAUUUACCCUCUUCAGUAGCUGGAAGCUAGGAAAGUGUUGGAAGAAAGUAAGAUGCCAGAAUGUAGACAGCUAUAAAGACAUUCGCAUCUUGGUUUCCAUCCUCUGCUCGUCUGCUGACAUGUCACACCAGAGCACAAACAACCCCAUUUUUGCAGUGCCUUUUUUCCUUCCCCAUGUUCAACAAAAUUCAACUGUAGCCGGUCUUAUGUAUACCAACCUUUUUAGUCUCAGAGCAUACUGUAGUUAAGCUGAAUUUACUGCUGUCUAAUAUUUGUCCCUCUGGAAAGUGUAUGUGAACACUUUGGUCCAGGAUUUGGAAAUCAAGUCAAUCAGUAUCAACUCCAUGGAUUUAGUAUUACAUGCUGGCAUUUAUAUUUUCUUCAUCAGUAUUGUGCCUUUUCUUUUGACUUAGUGCGUGUUGGAGCCAAAAGCCUUUGAAUUAAACAUAAAAAAAAAUAGUGGUUCACCUCCAAACAUGAGGUUAAAUCAAACCCUAAAUUAAAUCUGAUUAAAUUAAUAUUAUCUGAUGAUGAAAAUACUGUUUUCCUUUAUGCUGGAGUCGUAAGUACAUUUGCCAGGAAGCAAAUCCGGUUGAUUUCACUGUAACUUACGUUUCAUAUUAGCAUGCUUAGGAUUGUACUCUUUAUCCUACACUGUGCAAACCUAACCACGUCUACUCAGAAGUAAAUCCCAUUGAGUCAGUAGAUGGAUUGCAGCUUGAGAGAAAUGCCCUGAAGCCCAUGAAAAUCCAUGGCCUUAACUAUGCCUAACUACAGGAGUAUGGCCUUGUAAGCAGCAUGCAGUUGUAAACCUUGUGUUACAGCAGGGUGGCUAACCUGUGGCACUCCAGUUCUUGUUGGACACCAGCUUCCAUCAGUUCCAGCCAGGAUGGCCAAUGCCAUCAAAUAAAUCUUUUAUCAAAGACAAUGGUCCCAAACAGUAGUAGUCUAAAUUGUGAAAUGAUGCACAAAAGAAUUUAUAGUGCAAUCCUAUGCAUAUUUGCAGGGAAUAGUGUCACUAUGCCCACUGGGAAUCUUCUCUCCUCCCCCCACUCAAAAAAGAGCAUGAGCAUGUUUAAGAUUACAUCCUUAGUAUAAGCAUACAUCGUGUUCCUACAGAGUUGUUACUUUUCUCUGGUGCUAGAUAUUGCAUGACUUCUAACUUUAUUGGAGUCAGAUUUCUGCCUCUUGGGGAGGAUCUGUAGCUCACUAGUAGAGCACAUGCUUUGCAUGCAAAGGUUCAAUGCCUGGCAUCUCCAGGUUGAGCUGGGAAAGACCACCAUUUGCAAUCCUGGAGAACUGCUGCCAGUCAGUGUAGACACUUCUGAGCUGUAUGGGACCAAUGGUCUGACUUUGUAUAUAUUUCCAUCCACACUCCCUGUGGAUGGUGAUCAUGUCACAUCUAGAUGCAAAUCAUUGCAGACAUUGAGAAUAUAGAGACAAAAUAUGUGUAUGCAUUGCUUCCUGCAAAGGGAGGGAUGUAAAAUUGGCAGAGAAGCGUGCUAUUUUAACCUAUAGAUGGCCACAGAAAUUAUUUGCAGCAUGUAUAGGAUUGCAGUCACAAAGGCUAGACACAGUAUUUUGAACUUUCAUUGGAAAGUCAUUUAAGAACAUGCUUCUCUCUUCCACUGAAGCAAUGGGGGCUUAGGUGUGGCUGAGUCAUAUGAAGUUUAUAAAGCCAGGUUGUAAUAAAUGAGGAGGGCUUACUGUUUCAACUGCGAGUCAACACCUGCAAAGAUAAUUCUUUGCCUCCUGUUUGGGAUCCAGGCCCUCAGGAGAAGUAUCUGGAGAAGGCCCUUGUUUUAGCUGCAUUGUCUUCUGCCCGAGGUGAGGAGAAACUGACUGCUGCUCUAUCCCACAGGCCAACAAACAGCAAUGUGACUCUAGCAGAAGAGUCAGUAUAUUCCACUCUAAGUGCUGCCUUUCUAGCAAAAAGAAUCUCAUGAGCAGAAGCAUUCGUCCUUGUGCCACUUGUGUAUUUUUAAUAGUCUUGCCACGCAGAAUUUUGCUUGCCUUAGAAUUGUGGAUGUCAUCCUCUGUGUCGAAUCAGUAUGCUAAUCAGACCUGCUGUUACUCUUUGAUUGUAUAGUUCCAGAGUUGAAAUUAAAUGGACAGAUGGACAAAUUUUGGUUGCCUAUAUCUAAGUUGUG